AUGCGCGCUCUCCACUGCCUCCGUCUCCGCCUCCGGCGCCGGCUGUAUCUGCCCCUAAACGCGAGGCCCUCCUCCUCGUCGUCGUCUUCCUCCGCCGCAACCCACGAGAUCCCCACCGUCUACUCCUUCCUCCAGCCAUCCAUCUUCGCGCCGCGCCCCAGGCCGCAACCGCCGCCGCCACCUCCCGCUCCGGACCCCGCCCCCAGCCCCCUGCCCGUCGCCGACGCCGCCGCGCUCGAGUCAGGCCUGUUCGCGGCCGUCGCCGAGGACCGCUCGGACGACGCCUGGCUGGCGUUCAAGUCCCUGGCCGCGGCCUCGCUCUCGCCGUCGCCGCCCGCCGCGGCGGCGCUCGUCGCCCACCUCGCCGCGGGGAGCCACCGCCUCGGCCUCAAGCGCGCCUUCGCCGCCGCCGUCUUCCUGCUGGAGAGGAGCCCCCACGCUUCCCCCCUCCCGGAGCCCGCGCUCGAGGCCCUCUUCUCCUCCCUCGCCGCCUCGGGCUCCACCGGCCCGGCGCUGGCGCUCGCGCGCGCUCUUCUCGGCUGCGGGCGCCGCCUCCCGGCUUUCUCCGCCUGGGGCCGUCCGCUGGUAGAGCUCACCCGCGCCGACGCGCCUUCCUUUGCUGCCUUCUUGAAGGUGUUCGACGAAGCCUGCAGGCUCAUGACGGAGGAGAAGUCCCAGGCGGUGGUAGCGCUCAUGCGGCCCGACCUCGCUGCCUGCAAUGCUGUUCUUCAGGGAUGCUGCUGCCUGCUCGGCACGGUUAAAGAUGCCGAGAGGGUCUUGGAGAUUAUGUCAGCUGUUGGGGUGUCGCCAGACGCUGAGAGCUUUGGGUAUCUCGCCUUCUUGUAUGCAUGGAGGGCUGUUCCUGGCCGGGUUGAUGAGCUCGAUAAGCUGCUGGAGGCUCUGGGCUUCAGCAAGAAGGGAUUUUUCAAGAAAUUAUUGAGUGGGUAUUUGAAGUGUUGCAGCUUCGAGUCAGUUUCGUCCGUCAUGCUUCGUGCGGUGGAAGAGAGAAGAGCUGGGGAUGCCAGUGCAUUUGACGAUGAGUGCUAUACUGAGGUUGCACAAUGCUUUGUUGACAAUGGAAGGAUCAGGGAGUUGGCUCAGUUGAUCAUCCAAGCUCAGGAGAUUGAGUUAACCAAUCAAUUGCUGGUAGUCGAUGAGUCUGUUGGGUUUGGAAUUGUCAAUGCUUGUGUUGGGCUUGGUCUGUUGAACAAGGCUCACAACAUACUCAAUGAAAUGACUGCUCAAGGAGCCUCUGUGGGGCUCGGUAUAUACUCCCCAAUCCUGAAAGCAUAUUGCAAGGAGCAAAAGACCGCAGAGGCUGCACAGCUUGUGGCGGAGAUUAGUGCUGCAGGGCUACAACUAGAUGCUGACAGUUAUGAUGCUCUUAUCGAUGCUUCCAUGACAGCCCAUGAUUUCCAGUCUGCAUUUGCUCUUUUCAAGGAUAUGAGGGAGGCGAGGCUACCAGAUCUUAGGACAAGUUAUCUUACUAUUAUGACUGGCUUGACAGAGAACAACCGGCCUGAGCUCAUGGCAUCGUUCUUGGAUGCAGUGGUUGAUGACCCGAGAAUAGAGAUCGCCACACACGAUUGGAACUCCAUAAUACAUGCAUUUUGCAAGGUAGGGAGGUUAGAGGAUGCUCGAAGGACAUAUCGAAGGAUGGUAUUCCUGUUAUUUGUACCAAACAAUCAGACAUACCUCUCACUUAUCAAUGGGUAUCUCUCAGCUGAGAAGUACUUUUAUGUGCUCAUAUUAUGGACAGAAGUGAAGAGGAAGGGGGCUGAUUUUAACCACGAGUUGAUUGAUUCCUUUCUAUAUGCUUUGGUCAAGGGUGGAUUUUUUGAUAUGGCAAUGCAGGUGAUUGAGAAGGCACAAGAGUUGAAAAUAUUUGUGGAUAAGUGGAGGCACAAACAGGCGUUCAUGGAAACCCACAAGAAACUUAAAGUGGCGAAGCUUAGAAAGCGCAACUUCAGGAAAAUGGAAGCUCUAAUCGCAUUCAAGAACUGGGCUGGUCUUAAUUCAUAACGUUGCAACCUAUCAUGCUAUUCCUGGCGUAAUUUGACGAGGCAUAUUUCUGUGAGAUGACAAUCCAAAUCCUUUUGGAAGCUGUAGCAAGCUAAAAACCACCAGAGAUGAACAAGUGUAGGCGAUAUGUGAUCAUGAUAAGUACACUAUGAGGUUAGGGAAGCUAGUGCACUUGUCUUCUCUUAUUUUGUUUCUAGGUAUAGCUGUUUUACUUUAUGGACCAUUUAAUUUAUUGGCUGACUUGACUUCAUACUAUUUUCUAACUAGCUUGUUCUAACCUCCAAACCCAUGUAAGAUAGAUAAGUCUCUAAGCCAUAUCAAUAAAUUAUAAUAAGUUUUCCCUCAAAUGCUUCUCAUGGAUGCAUAA